AGGGCGGAGGGACGCAUCACGCAGGGGUGGGGAAGCCGGAUCCGUGCGCAGGGUUGCUAAGGGUGAAACUUUUCAUUGACUUUGCUCACUUCGGGCCCGGGCGCGGGAAGGUGCGGGUUGUCGCCGGAGACAAGCGAGUGGCUCGGGCGACGCGGGGCCCGAAGGGCAGGACCGCCCGCUGGCCAGAGCCCGGCCCGUCCUCCGCCCCGCGACACGAGCCGCCCUCCGGUCAGACAUCCCCGCGCCGUCGCCGCCGGCCGGCCCGCCCGCCUUCCAUCCCCCCUCCGCCGAGCCUGACCUCUAAAAAGCUGUAAGAAUUAUUAUUGAGAGUCCGAGCCCCAAACUCCCUCACUUGCCACCCCCCCCCUCCACCAACCCUCAACGAAGAAAAGAACCCAUCAGCCUCCGGCCCGGCGGCGCCCAGGAAGGAAGGAACAGCGACCUCCGCCCCGCGCCCGGGACCACCCUGGAGGGAGAAGUCGCGCUGCGGCCGGCAGACCGCCCCGCCACCGCGGAGACCCGAGUGAAGCUGUCUGGAGCCCGAGGCUGCCUACCAUACAUCACCUGCCACUGCCUGUGGCCUGUACACGUGCCCUGAGCUGAUUGUCCGCCCAGGAAAGGACCAUGCAGCUAGAGAUCAAAGUGGCCCUGAACUUUAUCAUCUCCUACUUGUACAACAAGUUGCCCAGGCGCCGGGCAGACCUGUUUGGGGAGGAGCUUGAGCGGCUCUUGAAAAAGAAAUAUGAAGGCCACUGGUACCCGGACAGGCCACUGAAGGGCUCCGGCUUCCGCUGUGUGCACAUCGGGGAGAUCGUGGACCCAGUGGUGGAGCUGGCCGCCAAGCGCAGUGGCCUGGCCGUGGAGGAUGUGCGGGCCAACGUGCCCGAGGAGCUGAGCGUCUGGAUUGAUCCUUUCGAAGUGUCCUACCAGAUCGGUGAGAAGGGGGCAGUGAAAGUGCUGUACCUGGAUGACAGCGAGGGCUGUGUUGCCCCGGAGCUGGACAAGGAGUUCAAGAGCAGUUUCAACCCCGAUGCCCAGGUCUUCGUGCCCAUCGGCAGCCAGGACAGCUCCCUGUCCAACUCCCCGUCGCCGUCCUUUGGCCAGUCGCCCAGCCCCACCUUCAUCCCCCGCUCCGCCCAGCCCAUCACCUUCACCACCGCCUCCUUUGCUGCCACCAAGUUUGGCUCCACCAAGAUGAAGAAGGGGGGUGGGGCAGCAAGUAGCGGGGCAGUGGCUGGCGGGGGAGCCGGGGCCCCGCAGCCUCCCCAGCAGCAGCCCCGCCUGGCCCGCUCCCCCACCAACAACCUGCUGAAGCACAAGAGCCUCUCUCUGUCUCUGCACUCGCUGAACUUCAUCGCGGCCAACCCAGCCCCUCAGUCUCAGCUCUCACCCAAUGCCAAGGAGUUCGUGUACAACGGUGGGGGCUCUCCCAGCCUCUUCUUUGACGGCGCUGAUGGCGGGGGCAGCGGGGCUGGCCCGUGCAACAGCAGCAGCUUCGACGUGGCCCAGGUCUUUGGAGGCGGCGCCAACAGCCUCUUCCUGGAGAAGACGCCCUUCGUGGAAGGCCUCAGCUACAACCUGAACACCAUGCAGUAUCCCAGCCAGCCCUUCCAGCCUGUUGUGCUGGCCAACUGACCGCCCACCUGCCACCGGGCCAGGAGCGCCCAAUACCACAGAAAAGAGAAAGGAAAAGAAAGGCCAAAAAAAGAGGAAAAGAAAAAUACACAAAAAGAUUUCCAGUCUUCUCACUCUGGCUUCUAGAAAAAAAGAUCCAGCCCAGGCAUGGAGUGGGAGGGGGCUCCUGAAGCACCAAGUCGUGUUUAACUCAACCCCCUGCUGUUUUCCUGCCUGCCUCUGAUUUAUUUGGUUGGUUUGGGUUUUAUAUUUUUUUUUCUUUUCUUUCUUUUUUUUUUUUUUUACAUGUAGUUUUCUAUAUAACAUCUUUAAUUAGUGGCUUCCUGUGCUAAGAAUGGUCCAGAUGUGAAUUGCUGCUCCCUGCUCCCUCCCUUCCUCCCUCCCUCCCUCCCUCCUUCACGCCUGUUUUUAUAGGAUUGGUGUGUCCAAGCUCACAGGGAAGGAAGAGCCGCAGUUGGGGCCUGACCCUGCCCAGAGCAGGGAGAAGCUGCCCCCCAUGUCACUGCCCCUGACAUUCAGCUAAGCUUUCACUCAAAGCCAUCCAACCUCAGCAGGCCACCUUGGGCCCUGCCACCCGAAUAGGUUUGACCCCAGCCCCCCACUCCCUCUCAGCCCUGAGCCACGUGGGGAGCUGCUGACUGGCUACUUGACACCCUCCUGCUAGAGCUGAUGUCUGUGACUCCAGGGAGGUUAGCACUCGGUCUAGUGGAAUUGCUUUCAUCUCUGUCCUGUAGCCCCACGCCACCACCCCCACCUGGCCCAGACUCUCAUCAUGGCCCCAGAGACCCAGCCAUUGACAUGUGGCCUCUCCUGCAGCCCCUUCUUCCCUGGGCCUGAGGUUGUGGGUAAGGAGGUGGGGCAGGUGUGGGUGCGUGUGUGUGCGCGUGCGUGUGCGUGGUUUGCUGUCCUGUUUUAAAGGAUUCCAAGCCAUGUAAACCCUCCCCACCCCCCAACAUGAUUCCAGGUUGCAGCAAGUGCUUAUUUUAUGUAGGAGGUUGGGGAAUGGGCCCGGGAGGGUCGUCAGUCCUUUUGUAGGGUGGGUCAUGUGUUGGGGUGAGACUGCGGCUGAGCCUAAGACACUCCCAGGGGAAAAUACUGCAGAAGGAACUGGUUUCCAGACUGUGGAGGGAUCUGCACUUUUGUUUUUGACCAAAAAGGGGGGGGGGUAGCUGUGAGGGGCUAAGGGAAUACCAGCCUACCGGCCCCCUGAUGCCUAAGAGAAGUCCCUGGACUCAGAUCCUCCUGUUUCAUUGUGACCUUAACCCAGGGUGAGGAGCCGCUCACCUGAGCACCCUGGGAGGUGGGAGUUUGGAGUCAGUGCCUAGAGUGCCCAGUCCUGAGCCUUGAAUUGAGACUUAUCAGUCUUUGGUUGUAGAUGUUCUUUUAGUCUGUUUCUGCCCCUGACUGCUUGAGAACUUCUUGGGUACCCCUUGCUGUCCCCUCUCACUGUGCGACCCAAUCUCACUGGGCCUUGAUGCUGUGAGGGGUGGUCUCAGGCAGGUGGCAGGGCUGGACAGGCAGGUGGCCAUGGCAGGUGGCGCGUGUGGACUACAGGAGAGCCCCGGCCCCUGUCUCUGCCGGAAGAGAAGUUGUCUCUCCCACCUGACCCUAGUGAGCCAGCUUCCAUGCCAUGAUGCUUUGGCUGGUGGGCCACAUGGCAUCAGGGCCCCCAAUACCGGAAAGUACCAAAGCCCUUGGCACCCCCACCCCACCCUCCUGUGACCCCAAGUGGGGCAACCACCGUGGCAGUGGGUCCGGCCCAGACAGACACUGCCAGCCUCCUCCCUGCAAUGGGCACCAGCUCUACCUCCCCCAACGGGGCAAUGCCCUGGCUCCUCAGCCCAGGAUCAUCUGUCCCCUAGAUUUCUCAGGGGCCAGCCCAGUCUGGGCCCUACCCUCUCCGAGCCCUCCACUCCCGCACAGUGACAGGCCCAGGCAGAUGGCUGCUCUCUGGGAAAGGUUGGAUGCUGCCUUAUUUAUGUCCUCUCCCGGCCCCUUUCCCCUGCACUCACAUACACAGGUACACACACACACACACACACACACACACACACACACACACCCCCGUCGGCUUGUUCUCACCACAUCUAGGGAGAAUACACAGGUACACACACACACACACACACACACACACACACCCAUCGGCUUGUUCUCACCACAUCUAGGGAGAGGGGAGACCAACCCCUUAGUGUCUUUUGAAAUACGAAGAAAAAAUGUAUGUUCAGGAGCAUGACUCCAGGGCUGGGCUCUUGGGCCCAGUUCAUUCUGUCUCGUCUCAAAUCUAGGCAUUUUUGCUUCAAUUUUAUUUUUUUUAAGGAAACAAAAACAAAAACCUGCACUAAUUUACCUGGUUUCGUAGGAAAACUUUUUUUUUUAUUUUUUACAUUUUUUGGUGUCCGUUUGUAUUGAAUAAUUUGCUACAUUUGUAAAAUGUAAGAGGUAUAUAUAAUAUAUGUAUAUUUCUAACGUAAAAAACGUAAUUUUUUUCUUUUCAAGAUUUUUUCUUAAAAAGAGGAGAGAAACAGAUAUUUUUUCAGGAAAAACAAACUUUAAAAUAAAAAAAGGAGAAUUAAACCUAUUUCUCCCCUUUCCCCAUCCUCUCUGUCUGCCCCUCUUUCCCAGGAACAAAUCAAAAAAGGUGGAUCAUCUUGUAAAGAAUGUAAACUUUUAGUCCAGAAUGAUGUAUUUUUCUCAAUGCAGUGAGCUAUAGAUUCUCUAGUUGACCCCUCGGGAUGGGAAGGAGGGCAUUGAGGCAAUGUGGAGAGGAGCUUGGGGGAGCAGGGUAAUGAACUUGUUUUCUUUAGUGAAGGAGGAAUACAAUCGAGCGUUUUGUAUUCAGAAUGUUGUGCAAUAUUUUGGAAUGGGACAUUGGUGUGUUUAGAGAUUUAGUUUAAAAACAAAACAAAAAGAUUGAUCAAAUCUGUACAGUUUAUAUUGUUCCAGAUUUUUUUAAGUUUGUAUUAAAAGCAUGAUAUAUAAUA